GAUGGAGAUGGAACGCGCCGACCGCUGCCUCUAAGCGCAGCCUCCGCCCUCAGGGGACUGUACCAUUUCCGAGGGAGAGGGGAGCGGAGCCGGGAGAGGAGGAGGAGGAGGAGAGGAAGGGGCGGAUGCUGGCGGCGCGGGGCUGGCGCUGCUGGGGCUGCGAGAGGAAGAAGAUGAAGCUUCUGGCGGCGGCGGCCCUCCUGGGCCUGGGAGGCUCCCUGCUGAUGCUCCUCUUCCCCGCCGCCGCCUCCGCUCACGGCGAGGAGCGCAAGAAGGGGCCCAAGGUCACCGCCAAGGUGUAUUUUGAUCUGCGGAUUGGAGACGAAGACGUGGGGCGAGUUGUCAUCGGCCUCUUUGGGAAGACAGUCCCAAAAACAGUUGAAAAUUUUGUUUCCUUGUCUACAGGAGAGAAAGGGUUUGGAUACAAGGGGAGUAAAUUUCACCGUGUGAUCAAGGAUUUCAUGAUCCAAGGAGGAGACUUCACCCGGGGAGAUGGAACAGGAGGUAAAAGCAUCUAUGGUGACCGUUUCCCAGAUGAGAACUUCAAGCUGAAACACUACGGGCCUGGUUGGGUUAGCAUGGCCAAUGCGGGCAAAGACACCAACGGCUCUCAGUUCUUCAUCACUACUGUCAAGACCUCAUGGCUGGAUGGCAAACAUGUUGUGUUUGGCAAAGUCCUAGAAGGGAUGGAUGUAGUGCGGAAGAUAGAGAACACGAAGACCGACAGUCGGGAUAAGCCCCUGAAAGAUGUCAUUAUUGCUGACUGCAACACCAUCGAGGUGGAGAAACCAUUUGCCAUUGCCAAAGAAUAGUUUUGCAGCUGUCAAACGGCCAGGGGACUCAACUCUGGUUUGCAAAGGGCUGGGGGGCACACACUCAUGCAAAGGCCUCGUUAUCAUCCUAACAGCUGGGAAGCAGCUGCUGCUAUUUUUUUCCUCUGCCACCAAAGGCAGUGGUUAUUUCCAUUCCUGUUAACAACAGCUCAUUCCAUCGGCCCCUGUGGGCAUCAAGGCACCUCUCUGAGAGGCUCAAGAGGUGCUGGGUACUCAUCCUUUUUUGUAAGAAAGCACAUGGGCCAAUAAAUGUGACCAUUGUGUUUUUGUA